GUAUGUUCACAGACAAAGAAUUUUUUCUGUCAGUUUUACUGUACAUUAAUACUGUCUUUCCGCUACUAUGGCUUAAGUAAAUCUGCUAAACUCAACCAAUACUAUGGAUGGAACAAACCUAUUGAAGUUGUCAUUUUAUGAAAACAAUUAGUAUGGCGGGUAAUUUAAUGCCACUGAUUGAAUAAUUUAUUUUGGUUAUUUCAAAAACAUUAUUAAUAACGAGCAUGGAUGAUAGUACAUUUGACGAAUUUUUAACAAACGAAAGUGUUGAAGAGGAAUUAACAGCUGGUGAAGUAUUAAAAGAAAUUGAGGAAGCAUGGCUUAAUGAACGAUUUGCACCAGAAAUUUUACCAAAUCGAACUGAUUUAGUUGAAUGUAUGCUUGGUCAAUUACAUCACAUGGAAAAUAAUUUGAAGAAGUUGAAGAAAAAUGAAUUAAUUGCUGUUAUACAUAAAAUGGAAAUUGAUCGUAUUCGUUUUAUCAUAACAAGUUACAUGCGUACUAGGUUAGAAAAAAUUGAAUUAUUUACAAAACACAUAUUAGAUGCCGAAAAAGAUCGUAUAGAAUCAAAUGUUUUACAAUAUCUAUCACCAGAAGAAUAUACAUUUGCACAAGAAUUUCUAACCCACGAGGAAACGUUGUUCCAAAAUAAUGGUAUGAGGCAUAUGUUAGGGAGUGCACAGCAAAUGGAUUGGAAAGAAACUUUAAUUAAACCAAAUUUGAACACACAUGUUUUUCUAAAAGUAAAAGAAGAUGUUCAAGGUUUAGUAAUUGGAAGUGAAAUUAUGGAUUUAGAAAAAGAUUCACAGCAUGUUGUUAGUUAUAAUCCUGUAGCAAAUUUAUUAAAAAAUGGAAAAAUUCGAUUAAUAUAA